AGUCACAACAAAAAAUGGUGGCCAUUUGUGCAGAUUAUACAUAGAUACUUUAAUCUAUUAGACAUUUUCUUCCCAAAGUAAACGGACUAAUGACGAAAUGCUACAGGAAGAAUUGUGCCUCAUUUCUCCCUCAUCCCCCCCCCCUUUUUUUUAUCUUGCAGGGCUCUCCAGAUUUUCAACAAAACCCUCCUGAACCUGUUCUUACCAAUUUCAACCAGGCCCCACGACUUUCCCUCCAAGACCAGUGGCGAGGGCCACCACCCCCUCUUCCGCCCCCACCUCCACAAGAAAGAGAACCUUUCUUCAUGGGAGAGCUGAGAUUUCCCAGCCAUCAUUUGUUUGAGCAGCGGAGCCCCCCUCCACCACCACCACCCCUUCUUAACAGUGUGCAUCCUGUGCCCAGCCAAAACUCACUCCCAUUCAGCCAGCCUGGACCAGGUUUCAACCAGCAGGGCCAGCAACCAAUGUUUCCAAGAGAAAGGCUGGUAAGGCCAAAUCUGCAGCCCCAAGGCCCUAUGGGAAUCCUUCACUUCAGCCAGCCUGGAGCAGCCAAUGCACGGCCUUUUCUUCCCCCAAGGCAGUCCUUCCUGCAGAUACCAGGGCAGCCGUUCUUAACCCCUCUCACCCAAGCCGGCAUGCAGGGUCAUUUGCACCCUCCUAUGCAGCCACAGCAUCCACAGCCACCACCACAACAUCCACAGACGCCCCAGCAGCACCCCCAACCACCCCAGCCUCACCAUCAGACGCACCAGUCCCACCACCAGCACCACCUUCUGCCUGUGCCUCCCCAGCCUCUGAUUCCGGUGGCCCCAUCCCAGUUCAGGCUGCACCUACAGACUUCACAGCAACAGCUAAGUGGCAACUGGAUGCAGUGCCAGCAACGGCAAGGUCUGGUAAAGGCCAGGCAUAACACACCAACACAAAGCAUUGUGAAACGCCCGAACCAGCAGGCCCAAUCAUCUGCCUCAAGGAAUAGUAAUUUGCGUGAAUUACCCAUAGCACCUUUGCCUGCAAUUGAGACUGCUAACAAUAACCGACGAACUCCAGCUCCCUCUGUCCCAGUGAAACCGGUUUCUAGUGCUACCGUUGCUAUGAGACCGCCUACAGGUGUCAAGAACCAACCGGAAAAGAUGGAGUCCAAGCCUAAAACAGUUACUCCUGCGACUCAGCCCAAAAUGGAGGUCAAACCUGAACCAGAGUUUCCUGAUGAAGAUGAGGAAACCAGACAGUACCGCUUGAAGAUUGAAGAGCAGAAACGUCUGAGAGAAGAGAUCUUGAAACAAAAGGAGCUCAGGCGGCAGCUUCAAGCCGGGGCCCGAAAAAGGGAAUUGCUGGAAAGGCUGGCACAGCAACAACAACAAGGAUUUUCAGGCCAACAACAGGAGGAAGACCCUUCACAGCUUCCCACCAAUGGCAAUCCAUUGCUUUCCCUUCCUGGUGCACAGCCCCGCCAAAAUGUAAAAUGCAGGCUAAUGGUUAAAAAACAAGAGCCAGUCGUUCUAGCUUCCACAGCUGUUCAGCCUAAGACUGUAAAUGUUCUCCAGGCUGGAGACAGUGCGCAAUGUCAAGGACAGCAAAUAAAAACUAUAAAGCAGCUAAGGCAGGCUAGGACAGUGCCCAAAAACAAGCUCCAGCUACCCAAUAAAGCUUUGCAAACAAAGCUUCCCGCUGCUGUGCACUUGAACCUGUCCAAGAUUGCUCAGAUGGCAUCGGUGCAAGGCCAGCCUCAAGAGCUGAAGUCUGGGAUGAAAAGAACUGUCAUGCAGCGGGCAAACAGUGGGAGUGGCGAUGGGCCCCAUAUUGGCACCAAAGUCAGGGUGAUAAAAUU